GACCCCGCCGCCAGCGAGGUAUAUCUCGCUCGCCCGUUUGUGGACACCCCUCCUCACCGGACUGGUCGAGUUUCCACAGCGCGCGAGCGUCCUACGGCUGCGAAACAACGCGUACGCAGAGUGCCACUUGCCAUGUUCUCGGUCAUCGUGUUCGUCGUCGCCGUCGUCUGCUGCUGCUCCGUUCAGCGGUGCGCAGCUGACGACGUCCGCGCGACGCCAGCGAUGCCGUCGUCGACGCCGAACCCCGGCGGUGCCACGGAGGAGCUCAAGUCGGCCUCCAACGAGUCGCUGGUGGAGGCACCGCCUCCUCCAACGACGCAGCAGUUGGAUCCGGACUACGGGGAAGGCGAAGACGACGCCGAAGAUGACGAGGAGUCGCCGGCGAACGACGCACAGGGUUCCGGACCGACGGUGCGGCGCGGCUAUGCGCGACUGGCCUUCAACAACUGUGGCGAAGAGACGGAUCCGCUGUUCGUGACGGGCUUCGACCUGGAGCCAAACCCCGUGCAGAUUCCCGGCCCCUUGUCCGUCGGAAUCCGCUUCAGAAUAAACGAGAACAUCACGUCUCCCAUCGCGGUGCACCUGGAGAUGCAGAAGAAGCUGACGCUGCUGUUCGGCCUGUCCACGUGGCUGACGAUACCGUGCCUGCCCAACGGCGUGGGUUCGUGCACGUACGACGACAUCUGCAAGAUACACCUUUUCUCCAAGCCGGAAUGCCUGCACCCGAAGACAGGGGAGGAGAUACCAUGCCAGUGUCCCUACCACGAGGGCGAGUGGCGCCUGAAGCCGACCACAUUCAAGGUGCCCGAGCUUCCGCCGGACCUUCCCUCGUACCUGCUCGACGGCGAGUUCGUCAUCAAGGCCACGGUGCUGCGCAACGGAGAGCAGAUCGGCUGCUAUUCCACAGACGUUGAACUCAACCUGUGACCUCGGCCCCGACGCAGAGCGCGGGGACUCCCAAAUGUCCUCCUGUGUGUUUAAUAUCGCGCGCGUGUGUGAGAGUGUGUGCUGUGUCGUGCGUCCGUCCCACUUUUGAAGCGCCGAGAACGACAUCGGCGGCGACCGCAGAAUGCCGCGGAACUGAAAUGGUCCUUGGCGGGCCGUCGACCCUCUGGGGUGACGCUUCCUGCGAGGCGUCGAGUCAGCGUUGGCGAGUCGCUUCUUCGGGCGACUGACAACGACCCGAGACAGAGUCACGUAGAUGAAUACCACGAGACAGCGCGCACCGCCUCUGCUAUGGUUCACCCACCGGCAAACCUUAGAAUCAUUCUUUCAUCAGCCUAUCGUUGUAUCACAAUUUGAAUUGUCGAGAGAACGUGCGUUUCUCUCUCUCUUAUCUGUCUUUGAGCUAGACGGUAUCGAAACUGGCACAAGUUUCUCUUAGUACGCAAUCGCCCAACGGUAGCGUGGAAGCUGGCCGAUCAACAAGACCUUAUACGAAGGCCCCCAGUCUCACAUUUAUCGGUCAAUCGAUUGACUCUCCGUCGCGCAUGGCUUGCACCAUGUCGCGCACGGCUUGCAUAGAACCUAAGCUAUUGCCAAGAAUUUCGUCUUAUCACAAUCACUGCACGGCUGCCGGCGAGAGGCGGCACUGCAUCAAAUUAUCUUUCCUUUGCUAGUUUGGCGAAACUGCUGGCAACUGCUCAGUCCUCCACUGAGCUCAACUUACGAUGUAGGUUACGUCGGCUUAGGUUUAACUUGUAUUAGUCAUUCUGGAUUUCAGACAACAUGGCGCGCCACUUCAGUUCUAUCAUGCCAGAGGAAAUCGGCCUUGCAAAUUGCAAGCCUGUUGUCUUUACUGUCAUGACGUCACAAGCUCAGUUACUUUGAUUGCUGUUCGUAAGACUUUAGUCAAACAUAUUCCAACGAUAGAAGCAGUUACUGCAGACAGACUUGGAGCUCUCCGAUGCGCAACCCAAGUGCUAUCUGCUGGCCUCUUGGCCCAACAGUUGAUAUUUCACGAAAUUUUUGAACAAAUAAUUACCAAAAACAAAGCAGCUUAGUUGGUAACAAGCUUCCUUUUUUUUUUCGUAGUUGCAAGUUACAACUGUAGCAAGCGUGUUUGUCUUGCAAUAUCAUCUUUUUUAUCUUCGCGUAGUCUCCAGUCAUGGCAGAGUUGGUCAAAGCAACUAGUCCCGGUGCAGACUCGCGCUAGAUGAGACAUGCUGUCUGAAGGGGCCACACAUAGUAAUGCGGUCUUCCCGCGCUGGCGCCAUGUGUGCGUGGUAUGAUUAAUUAACUCUGCGUCUCCUGAUAAUGGUUACGCGUAUACAUAGACGAGUUUUUUAAUCACGAAGGCCACACAAGCGAUCUCAAGGUCUUGCCAAUUUCGGGCCUUGCCUCUGAUGACUCUCCGUCGAACAGGGACAGCAGCAACGCUCCGCGAGCGAUUGUUUCAAGGUUUCGCUCAUUUCAUCAUGACUGGAUGUCAGGAUCAACUGCAUACGAACAACUUGCCUGUAACGCGUUGUUCUUUGUAAUUUCCUCGCAAAGUCUUCCUUUGAAAUUCACUGUUUUAUAAAGACCAAAUCUCAGGAAGCCAGUACAGGGUAAGCAGACUCUCAGCAAUUUUUGUACUGGAAAAAGCACGAAAUUAUGUAAGUCCUUCUACGCGUGAUCUGCCCAACUUGUAAUGUAAAUAGUACACUUAUGUCAGUAACGUAUAUGCAACUGCAAAGAAAGCUGAUGUGACUUCCAUGUGCGGAAGUCGCAUUUUUGCACCAUAUAAAUUUUGAUCGUGGCUUCUGGCAAAACCCAAGGCAGCACCAAAAAAAAAAAAAAAAACGGUGGCCGUCAACGAGCGUGGACGGCGGCUUUAUUCCCACGAGACCAGCACUGGUGCUGAUGAUCUCCAAUGAUUAAAUGUUUUCGAGUCAUACAAGAAAACAAAGUGAGUAGCUACAGGCGAGACACACGGAUACCGUGAUAGAAUAGUUGUUGUUCUAGUUUGUGCGUGCUUAUACUAGAAAAAUGUGGCGCAAGAUGUGUACAACUACAACCGGGUGGGCACAGACACUUGUGCUACAUGUCUUGAUCGUCGUUGUCUAUUUGGUUUGCGCCACAUAUUUCUGGCCCAAGUACAAACACCCUGACUUGACUCCCCACUCAUAUUCUUUAUUAUUCACUGUUGAGAACGUUCCUGGGCUGCUUCUCUUACAAAAGUUCUGAAUGAGUACAGCGUCAUGAGUAAUGAAUUAGCCUAACUUUUUCCGACGAUUGUUGACGCGUCGAAAUAGCAUACAUUGAAGACUGAAAACCGUUUUUUUUUUUUUUUUUUUGCGAGCAUGUGAGAAUAAUUAUAAUGUUUCAAUUCUCUUCAUGCGAAGCUUGUCAAAGUGUGCAUCUUUAGCUACGGAUAUUUCAUUUCGUAGCAUUCCUAAGGUGCAUAAUCUGAUGAAAGCUGCGCACAUGUUUACAGGGCUUCGGUAGUCAAACUGUUCAUCCACAGACAAGGGCAUUUCUUUGUUAGAAUUGUUUAGCAGCUUUCGAGUGACUCGAAGUCCUUUAAAGAAUUUCAGUUCAUAGAAAACUUCUGGUUUGCUCUGCUCCUAGAGAGGUAUAUAUGCCUAUAUCAUAUGUGAAAUGUCGAAAAGCGCACUUGUUACUAGAUCACACUUCUAAAAAUUACGGCGCCCAUUUUUUUUUUACAUGCUCAGGAAAUAUUUCCUGACACAUUUUCGGUGAAUCAAUUGCAAUGAAAUUGAGAUAUUUCAGUUUUGUUCAGAUAUAAUAGAACGUUCUUAAAGUGCUCCACAUCAACGAGAACUUUCAAAUGUCACGUUUCAGUUCAAGUUCAUUUACGCCAAAAAAAAAAAAAAAUAAAGAAUAAAGGAUGUUAGACCAUUGC